CUUCUCUUCUGGAUUGCUAGGACACAGAAGACCUUACUUUGCUGCUACAACAUUCCUUCAUUCUUCCAAGAUAGAAAUGUGCAGCAACAGCAGUAAUUUUCCCAAUCAGUAACAGAUAUACCCAGAUCUUCCACAGCCAAACAGAACAGAUAAAACCCUUUUUAGGCUGGCUCCAGAAGACCCAGAUUCUGUUUGACUAUCACUUUUUUGGAUAAAUAUUUUUGGGUUCAGGAUGAAUAAGACAAGGGCUGUUAAUGAUGGUUUUCCUUUCCUGAACAAUAAAAACUGGAGCUCAAACCGAAGCUUCCCUGUGCACAUUUCUAACCAGUGCAGGAACAUCACCGACCUUACAGUCUUUCUGGCCACCUCUUACAGCUUGGAGACUGUCCUAGGCAUCGUGGGAAACAUCUGUCUGAUUGCUGUCAUUGCCAGGCAGAAGGAAAAGGCCAAUGUCACCAACAUCCUAAUUUCCAACUUAAUCAUUUCAGACUUGUUUAUGUGUCUUGUCUGUCUGCCUUUCACCGUUGUUUACACCAUGAUGGACUACUGGAUAUUUGGGGAAGUCAUGUGCAAAAUGACCUCUUUCACUCAGUGCACAUCUGUGACGGUGUCAAUUCUUUCCCUUGUCCUUAUUGCUCUGGAAAGACACCAGCUCAUCAUAAACCCGACUGGCUGGAGGCCAAGUAUCUCCCAAGCCUAUAUAGGAAUUGGAGUAAUUUGGACUUUAGCAUGUCUCAUGUCCCUGCCAUUUUUGACCACAUCCAUCUUGUCUAACGAUUUGUAUGAGCAGCUCUCACACAUCAUGAAUUUUUCUACUGACAAGGCCAUAUGCAUUGACUCAUGGCCUUCUGAGCAACACAGACUUAUCUACACUACCACUUUACUGCUCUUGCAAUAUUGCAUCCCACUGUUCUUCAUUAUACUUUGCUACCUGCGUAUCUACUUACGUCUACAGAAGAGAAAGGACAUGUUUGAGAAAAGUGAAUAUAGCAACCGAGCAGUUCAGCUGAGAAGGAUAAAUAUUUUAUUAGCAUCCAUGGUUGCUGCUUUUGCUGUUUGCUGGCUACCACUGCAUGUUUUCAACACCAUCGUUGACUGGAAUUACAAAAUCAUUUCACCUUGCCACCACAAUCUGAUCUUCUCAUUGUGCCACCUGGUAGCUAUGGCUUCCACCUGUGUCAACCCUGUUAUCUAUGGUUUCCUAAAUAGCAAUUUCAAAAAAGAAGUGAAGUCACUGAUUCUGAGCUGCCAGCAUAAUUCAGUAACUGCAUCAAUGGAAGAAUACGAUCAUUUGCCUUUAUCUACCAUGCAGACUGAAAUUUCCAAGGGCUCACUAAUGCUGAACUGCAGACAUAAUUCUAUCUAGCUAGUAGAAAACAUUCUAGAGGGGUGCACUGACACCACACACCAAUUAUUACCUUUAGGUAUAAAAAGCAACUGGUGAUGCCAUAGCUGGGCUGUGAACAGGAACCCAUUACUGCCUGAUUUUAGGAAGAACAGGCAUUUAAAGGAAGGUUGUAAAUGUAUACAGGAGCUCCUGUGGUACACAAGUUAUUCAUGUCUUUGAGAUGGUACAGACAUUGAGGAGACUGAGCUGAUGUAUACGUGGCUGCUCUAACAGAUCAGUAACUAAGCUGUGGCUGCACAGAGACUGACAUGGGGUUCAUCAGCUAAGCUCACAUCUCGACAGUAGAAACCCAGACUUCCAGUUUCAGCACUGCAGGCUGACAAAAGUUGCAUUAGAGAAGACACUCUGUUUUUCAGUAUUAGUAAGAUUUUUAUGCACAGCUGACACCACUGGAACAGAGCUGUGUAAAUAUAUAAUUUUUUGUGCUUUACCAAUUCUCACAGCCUAUUAGAUAACAGUAAUCUUUCAGCAGAUCUACUUCACAUCAAACAACUAGAUGUUUGUAUGAAAACUCUCUGUCAUAUAGGCUUGGGAAUAGCCAUUGCCUCUGGAAGCAGGAACACAGAACAGUGACCGUGGUAUGCAAAGAUGGCAGUUACUGAGGGAUGGUGGCAAAUCAAAAUGUUACUCAGUGGAUUAAACUCUUACAACACAUUGAGAUAAUGCUGAGCACUAUUUUUAAGCAAAUGAAAACCAGUUGUAGAUCUACAUGGAAACAAGUCUGGUUGCCUUUGCAAUUCCUGCUGCAGUCACUCACAAAGCUCUGCGAUGCUAAAACUGCAUGCUGUGAUGGUACAAGGCGCCUGGAUUACUGGAGUUGUUCCAGGUCUUGGGAGCAAGAUGCCACUUCUGCUUCAACAGCUCCUUGGUACUUUAAUGGCAAACUAUGUCAAUCAGAAAAGCAUGACAACAUGUUUCUAUAAACUGUGUCUUUUCAGAGUGGGUACGCUCCCAAAGAAAUAAGCAUAUGCAUGGAGGCUUUCAGUUUCCUGUUAAAAUAAAGCUAGAUGUUAGAUACCAGUUCCACUGACUGGCAUCAGCAACAGAGAUGGAGCUGAAAUUCCAACUAAUCAGUAGAAGGUCAAGGAAAAGACACAAGCAGAACCCAGGUCAGGUUGAAGCCAAGAUAAAUGUAAAUAGGUAGUAUUGUUAAUUGCUCUACUGAAGUGAGGGUCAUUUUUUCACAUCUGUAGUAUGUUUAGUUUUUGUCCAUGAAACCUACAAAACAUAAGCUCAUUUUAACCUCUGGAGCCAAAGACAUUGCUCAGUGACUACUGAGAAACCAAGAAGCAGCUAUGACCAAGAAGCUCAUACUGAGGAACAGAUUAAAAAAAAGGCAGCAAGUGUAAGAAGGAGACCAAUCAGGUCAAUGCUAAAGAAAUAGGGAAGUUAAUUCUGUCCCAAGUUGUUAAACUAACCUUAGCAGAAGACUGAACUAGGUGACCACCUGAGGUAAUUUCCAACCUGAAUUACGCUAUAAUAAGCAGUCAUUACUCAUUGUAGUCAAUGGGUCUGCAUUCAGUUGAAGCUAUCCAAUGUAUAGAUGUGCAGACAGAUAGAAAUCCUUUAGCUGGAAGCUCUCUGGUUAGACAAAUUGGUAAAUAGUUUGGUGAGGAAAAAAUUCUUCCCAUGCUGUGGUCUGACAGGCAAUAUGAAUGUUGGACAGAGUGUCUGAAGACAAAAACAAAACCUUAUGCUAUACUUGUUGAUAGCUCUUGCUACCUUGUAAGUUCAUAUCCUCAGCUGGCAGAAAUGGGAGUUAAUCCCUUGCCAUGAGCUGGGUGCACAGAAAUCACGGCAAAACUUCACGUUUGAACUUGAAUUCUCACGUGCAGAGUCUUAAGGCAGAAGCUGUUUCAAUGCAGCCACCCUUCUAAUUCUGGGAAGAACCUGUAUAUCUCAGUAAGAGGUCACAUGCAAUUACCCUUUGUAAUUUCCUCAAUUACCUGGCAAGACAUUUUUGCUUCUUUCAAAUGGACUUCUGCUUUUUUUUCCUUUGUUACUUACCACAGUAGGAUGAGAAGUUGCUUCUCUUGAUUUGUUUGUAUGCAAUAGCAUUUGUAGACUGGACAUUGAGUCUAUUAGAAACACAGAACAACAGGACUCUUCUCUUAUACACAGCUUGAAAUUUGCUACUGUAUCUGAAACCAGAGCUGAUACAACCAUGUGAUGCUGAGUGGUACAAAAUAUGUAACUCCUCCUCCUCAGCUUGACUUAUGCCAAAACUGUGUUGUAUUAUUUGGGGGCUUAAAUACUGCUUAAGCUUUGUAGUUUUUUUGUAUUUGGGAUCAAUUUCAUCCAAUAAGCCUUGAGUCAUUCUGCCUGCUUCUUGUGCUCAUUAUAAUUCCAAUCUUUAAGAUGUGUCAAGCUAUCGUAAGACUACUCUGGUAAGCACAAACAUAAAAGACUAUCUGAUUUAUGAUCUUAAGCAUACUACUUAUCAAACGCCAAUGUUUUAAAAUGGAAACACAAUUACCUUUAGAAUUUGUACUUCCAUGAACAUGCCUUUGUUGCUAGUUCUAUGUGAAAACUUCUUGAUAGAGCACUUACAGUAUGUCAGAGACCUGCCAGCAGAACAAUGCUUUUGCAUUGUGCGUGAGAUCCCAGUUCUUCCUCCAAAGGGUAGAAAUAUCAGCAGGGUCUGACUCUUUGUUUAACUGUAAUUCAUGUGACCAUUUGUAUCCAUGAUCACAAGUAAAUAUGUAAAGGAAGCAGAUCCAACUUUAUAGUAACCCAGACAGACAUGAACGGAUGUAUCUUCCUCUAGUGAUUAAGGGAAGUGUCAAGUUUGGAGUCAAGUACUGUUUAUUGCUAACAAACUUUGGACUGGAUAAACUAAAAGAUUUAAACACUAAAGACACCAAACUGCACCCAUCCAUCCAACUGCAAAAAAUGCAGAUCCUCAAAACUCCCAACCAGCUGCUGCCUAUUGAUCUACUUAAAUACCAUCCUGAGGCACAUGUUUUUCAAGCUCUAAAGUUUCCUAGGUAACAAAAUAAACUUUAGAGUAAACCCAGAAAAAAUGUAAAUCUAAGUUCCAAAGGACUAAGUAUCUAUGCCAUGUGUAAGCCCUAUCUUUGUUUACACACUAGGCAUCCUCCUGGCACAAAUAGCCAUAACAGGAAAGGUACGUUUAUCACCACUUCUUUAUUCUGUGUGGACAUCAAGGCUUAUGCAGCUGUGCACAAAUGCAGUAGAGGAUAUUAUGCUGCUAGUUUAAGAACUGCUCUAGCAACUGUUCUCUGUUCCCUUUGAAGGCACCAGGCUGGAUGCAAUUACGCCUGCAUGGUUGAAAGCCAUUUUAUUUGUCACUUUGAGGCUUUAAUGCAACCAAGGGGGGGCUGUGUCUCUUUGGUCCCAGCAGAGGGUAACAGAACAGAAAUAGCUUACAUACAUCUUAUCCAUUUGUAAAUAACAAAUAAGGUUCAUAUCUAAGACAGAUCAAGCAUUUUUGUGUUCAUUGUAUGCAGUGAUGCUUUUGAGUAUGCUCUUUACAAAUACACAGGAGUUGUGCAAAUCAUGAAUUCGUACAAUUCUAAGAACUUACUCUGCUUUUUUUUUAAAAAAGCUUUUUAUAACCCUGCUUCUUGUGACAUGCUGUAAGAAGAUAGCAAUGUUUUCAGAGCAAGAAAACAAGUUAUUGCUGUAAGUGGCACA